AUGUGGGGCGACGGCGCGGCUGCGCGUUCUCAGAGCUGCCUGAGCUUUGAUGUGGCGGAACUGCUGGUCGAGCUCCAGCCUUCCCAGACAACCUCAGAACCACGACGAAUCCACAGCACACGACUCUUGUUUUUGCAACGCUUCCGAAUUACCACUACCUCUACGAUCCUACACUGCAAUUCAUCUGCAAUCAUGGAGUUUGGCCGUGCUGGUGUGCUGAAUGAAGAUGGCAUUCAUGUCGAUAUGGACCGGUUGAAGAAGGGUGAAGUCAAUAUGGCUGUGACAUUCAAGGAUGGAGUUAUCUUGGGAGCUGAUUCGAGAACAACGACCGGUGCCUACAUUGCCAACCGAGUGACAGACAAGCUGACCCGAGUACACGACACCAUCUGGUGCUGCCGAUCCGGUUCAGCCGCCGACACACAGGCCGUUGCCGACAUUGUACAGUACCAGCUGGGCCUCUUUUCCAUGACCAGCGGCCGGCCUCCGAUGACACAGACAGCAGCAUCCAUUUUCCAGGAGAUUUGCUACGCCAACAAGGACAUGCUAUCAGCUGGUCUGAUUAUCGCGGGCUGGGACGAGAGAUUCGGUGGCCAGGUGUACUCUAUUCCCCUGGGAGGAUCAUUGCACAAGCAGGCGUACGCCAUCGGCGGUUCAGGAUCGACAUACAUCUACGGAUACUGUGAUGCCAACUGGAAGGAGGGAAUGGAGGAGGAAGAGGCAGUUUCGUUUGUCAAGGGAGCGCUAAGAGAGGCUAUCAAAUGGGACGGAAGCUCUGGUGGUGUCAUUCGCAUGGUGGUGUUGACCAAGAAGGGAGCCGACCGACACCUGUACCUACCGGAUACAGACUACAAGGUGCGACAGCAGUAG